AUGACGAUGAUGUCGAAUGUCAACCUGGUGACAUUCCAAUCUGAGCUAUUCUUGUCAUUGCCGCCGUAUCUCACGGUAUCUCUUAUCAUGGCGCUCCACUGGCUUGUUUCAGCUCCUGAAGCGGGUCCCGUUGCAAUGUCCACACCUCGGUACAAACCCCGGAGUAACCAAGGGAAGACAAUCAAGAAACAAUACGUGACGGUGGACAUGUAA